UUCAUUCUCCAAAUAAAUCUUAAAUUUCUUCCAGUCUUCUUCCACCGUCUCGUCUCCCCAAUCUCAGAUUCUCCCAGUCAGUUCAGACUUCCUCCGGAUCUUUGCUCCCAGACUUCCAGUUCCCUAUUGCCCCCCAAUUUUCAGUCUUUUUUAUUAUCAAGAAUUUAACAUCACAAGCCGUGAUUGCUGCCUUGCCGGGGGUCGGGCUGGAUUACCCUCAGGGUCCCUUCUGUAGAUCGGAUGCUCGCAAGAGAGAGAGUGUUGUCCGAUUCAAAUUAAUUUUACAUUUAAAUUAGAUUCAGAGGCAACGCAAACGUGGGCCAGCUUUCGUUGGAAAGGCUGUGUCGGCGGCGAAGUGGCGCAAGCUUUUCCUGCCCCGCCUCGGCCAGCUGUCUUGUGUUUCCGGUUCUGCAGUCCCCCUUGCAAAUGCACAAUCAAUUUGUGCAUUUUGGGAGGGGCGAGCAUGAGUUGUGUUUCGGACACUGCAUGCGCACACAUUCUUAUUGGUGCAAGCCUUCAAAUAAUGUUAAUAUUAAUGUAAAUAUUAAUAUCAAUAACAACUGAGCUAGAUCUGUGGGGGCGAGGUGCCUCUGGCCAGGCAUUAGCAGUGGAUGUUCAGCCCGACUUCUGCUUUUGGGCGCAAUUCAGAUGCCACAGCGGAAGAAGAAACGGCUCUGUGGAAAGAAAGGGUGGUGCCUUGCACAAUCGUCAUGAGGAGCUCCUGGCACGGAGGGAUCUCGACUGAAAUACACUCCAAGGAAGGGAGAGCCAGCAGAGAGACUGAGAGGCAUCUAGUCCACCCUUGGGCAAGGCAGAAAUCCCCCUGUCAAUCACAUUUGGAUCAGGGUUGGGCUAGAUGACCCUGGAACCCUUCCCUGUCUAUCGUUUCAGCAGAGGGUUGGACUAGAUGGCCAGCUCCUCCAAUCAGAUUCCUUUCUGGCCGUGGGUUGCACUAGAUGACCCUGGAACCCUUCCCUAUCUAUCAUCCUAGCAGGGAUGGCGAGCUCCUCCAAUCAGAUUCCUUUCUGGCCGUGGGUUGCACUAGAUGACCCUGGAACCCUUCCCUAUCUAUCAUCCUAGCAGGGGGUGUGGGACUAGAUGUCCAGCUCCACCAAUCAGAUUCCUUCCUGGCUGCGGGUUGGGCUGGAUGACCGCCCAGUAUCCCUUCCAACCUUCUCAUAGGGAAGACUCUCCUCUCCUUCCUUACCUUCUAAGUCCCGGACUGCAGAAUCCGGGAGCGGCAGCCGUGUGACACCGGAAGUUGCGUCAACGUAACUCCCGGUGUCGCUUUGCCCUUCUAUGGGCACCAAAAAUGGCCACCGCCGGCUUCGAAAGUCGCUUCUACGCAUGUCAGGAAGUACGUCGACGCAACUUCUGGUGUCGCUCCGCCCACCGGAAGUCGCGUCUAUGCACUUCCGGGCAUGCGUAGAUGCGUAGAUUCGUUACGGACUUUUAAAAACAGCCAUUUGAACGCGGGUUUUGCUCUCUAUCGGGAAUAUUGAUCCCCGAAACGGAACCAAUAAUCAAUGGACUGUACAAUAAAAGAAGUAAGAUCUUGUGUUGUUGUUGUUGUUGUUUAGUCGUUUAGUCGUGUCCGACUCUUCGUGACCCCAUGGACCAUAGCACGCCAGGCACUCCUGUCUUGCACUGCCUCCCGCAGUUUGGUCAAACUCAUGUUCGUAGCUUUGAGAACACUGUCCAACCAUCUUGUCCUCUGUCGUCCCCUUCUCCUAGUGCCCUCAAUCUUUCCCAACAUCAGGGUCUUUUCCAAGGAUUCUUCUCUUCUCAUGAGGUGGCCAAAGUAUUGGAGCCUCAGCUUCACGAUCUGUCCUUCCAGGGAGCACUCAGGGCUGAUUUCCUUAAGAAUGGAUAGGUUUGAUCUUCUAGCAGUCCAUGGGACUCUCAAGAGUCUCCUCCAGCACCAUAAUUCAAAAAAGAUCUUGUAGAUGAUACAAAUUGGAAUUUAUUUCCCCCCUGACUUGUACAAGUGAUAGUCGUGGUUUGAAUGGGGGACUUUGAUCCAUUUCCUUACCUUCCAAGUCCCAGACUGCAGAAUCCGGGACCGGCAGCCGUGUGACACCGGAAGUUGCGUCGACGUAACUUCCGGUGUCGUUUUCCCACUCUAUGGGCACGAAAAAUGGCCGCCGCCGGCUUCGAAAGUCACUUCUACGCAUGUCAGGAAGUGCGUUGACGCAACUUCCGGUGUCGCUCCGCCCAUCUAUGGGCACCAAAAUGGCCACCGUCAACACCGGAAGUCGCGUCUAUGCACUUCCGGGCAUGCGUAGAUGCGACUUUUGAAGCCGGCGGAGGCCAUUUUUGGUGCCCAUAGAAGGGCAAAUCAGAAAGGGAAAAAAUGGCCGCCGGCAGGAGAAAACAACGGAGAAAAACGGGAGACGAAGUGAUACGGGGGACCACUGGGAAAAAGUAAGUAAAAACGGGGGUUUCCCGGGGAAAACGGGGUACUUGGCAGCUAUGUCUCCUUCUCUCCCGCCGCAGAUCCCGGACUGGUGGGCGAUGGAGGGCCGCCGUUUCCGGCGCGGGAGCUUCCAGAGCAGCACCAGCGAUGAGGACCUGGUGGAGGUCAGCGACGGCGGCACCCUCAGCUUCUCCCUGGCAGGCGACGUCCCACCUCUGGACCAGGAAGUGACGCCAGCUUUCCCCUCAUGCCGGGAACGGGUUCGACGAAAUAAGCCGGAUGCGCGACUUCCUGGAAUAUCCGCUUCCUGGUGUCGGGACGUACGAAGAUUUCAACACCAUCGACUGGGUGCGAGAGAAAUCCCGAGAUCGAGACCGGCACCGCGAGAUCACCAACAGGAGCAAAGAGUCAACAUGUGCCCUCAUUCACAGCAUCAGCGACGCCUUUUCGGGGUGGCUCCUCAUGCUCCUCGUCGGACUCUCGGCAGGGGCCUUGGCUGGCUUGAUUGACAUCUCCGCCCAUUGGCUGACGGACCUGAAGGAAGGCGUGUGCCUCAAUGGCUUUUGGUACAACCACGAACAUUGCUGCUGGAAUUCCCGAAAUAUCACCUUCCAGGACCGGGACAAAUGUCCGGAGUGGCGGACGUGGGCGGAGCUUCUGACCAGCAAGGAGGACAGAGGCGCCUUGACCUACAGCCUCAACUACUUCAUCUACACCACCUUCUCGCUCCUGGCCGUGCUUCUCGUUCGCGGUUUUGCACCCUACGCCUGCGGUUCGGGGAUCCCCGAGAUCAAGACUAUCCUGAGCGGCUUCAUCAUCCGCAGCUACCUGGGGAAGUGGACCCUGCUGGUCAAGACGGUCACACUGGUCCUGGCCGUGGCCUCGGGGCUGAGCCUGGGCAAGGAAGGCCCUCUGGUCCACGUGGCCUGCUGCUGCGGCAACAUCCUCUGCCAUCUCUUCACCAAGUACCGGAAGAACGAGGCCAAGCGGAGAGAGGUCCUAUCGGCCGCUGCAGCUGCUGGGGUCUCCGUGGCAUUCGGAGCGCCCAUAGGAGGUGUCCUUUUCAGCCUGGAAGAGGUCAGCUACUACUUCCCCCUGAAGACGCUCUGGCGCUCCUUCUUCGCUGCUCUGGUGGCAGCCUUCACCUUGCGCUCCAUCAAUCCCUUUGGGAACAGCCGCCUGGUCCUCUUCUACGUCGAGUUCCACGCCCCCUGGCACCUGCUCGAACUCGCACCCUUUGUCCUGCUGGGCGUCUUCGGCGGGCUCUGGGGGGCCGCCUUUAUAUGUGCCAACAUCGCCUGGUGCAGGCGGCGCAAGACAACCCAGCUGGGCCGCUACCCCGUGGCCGAGGUCCUGGUGGUGACAGCGGCUACGGCCGUCCUGGCCUUCCCCAACCAGUACACACGCAUGAGCACCAGCGAACUCAUCUCGGAGCUCUUCAACGACUGCGGGCGCCUCGACUCCUCGCAGCUCUGCGACUACGUCCGCAACGGCACCCCCGGAGCGGGCAGGGGGGGGCCUGACCGACUGGCCGGCCCCGGGGUCCACCGCGCCAUGUGGCAGCUGGCGCUGGCCCUGGCCCUCAAGGGUGUCAUCACCGUCUUCACCUUUGGGAUGAAGGUGCCCUCGGGGCUCUUCAUCCCCAGCAUGGCAGUGGGCGCCAUUGUCGGGCGCCUGCUGGGGGUUGGCAUGGAGCAGCUUGCCCUCCACCACCCCGACUGGGUGCUCUUUGAAGGCUGGUGCCAACCGGGCGCCGACUGCAUCACCCCGGGUCUCUACGCUAUGGUGGGUGCGGCCGCCUGCCUGGGUGGCGUCACCCGCAUGACCGUCUCCCUGGUGGUCAUCAUGUUUGAGCUGACCGGCGGCCUGGAAUACAUCGUCCCCCUUAUGGCUGCCGCCGUGACCAGCAAGUGGGUGGCCGACGCGGUGGCUGGGCGCCAAGGCAUCUACGACUCCCACAUCCGCCUCAACGGCUACCCGUUCCUCGAGGCCAAGGAGGAAUUUGCCCACAAGACCCUGGCCUCGGACACCAUGCGCCCCCGCCGGCCCGCCGGCCCACCCCUGACCGCCCUGGCACAGGACGCCAUGACCCUGGGAGACGUAGAGGGGGUGCUGGGCGGCACCGGCUACAGCGGGUACCCGGUGGUGCUCUCCCGGGAGUCGCAGCGCCUGGUGGGCUUCGUCCUGCGGAGGGACCUGCUCAUCUCCAUCGAAAACGCCCGCCAAACCCAAGAGGGGAUCGUGACCUCCUCGCUGGUCUCCUUCUCCGACCACUCGCCCCCACUUCCACCAAACUCGCCGCCCGUCCUGAACCUCCGCCCCAUUCUUGACCUCAGCCCCUUCACCGUCACCGACCACACGCCCAUGGAGAUUGUGGUGGACAUCUUCCGGAAGCUGGGCCUCCGACAGUGCCUGGUGACGCACAACGGGAAACUCCUGGGAAUCAUCACCAAAAAGGACGUUUUGAAACACAUUGCACAACUGGCCAACCAGGAUCCAGAUUCCAUCCUUUUCAAUUGAAGCUGGAUUCGGGAGCCGGGUGCGAAUGCCGUCUCCCACAUGAACCUCUAGCCUAGACUCCUCUCUUUUUUUCAUUAAUGGAAAAUCCAGAUCGAUCAAAUGAUAAUCAUGUUUUCUUUCUUUCUUUUUUCUACAAAAUUGCACUAUGGAAAUUUGGCGGAGAUUUUGCUUUCUCUCGAAGAAGAAGAGACUUUAUCGGAUAUAGAAUUUGGAAGCAAGAUUCCGGGAAGGAAUAAAGGAAAUAAACUGGAAAUAGAUCUUGAUCGCUUUCUCUUUUCAUCCAUAUCCAUAAUAGGGCGCCUCUGCCCUCUUCCAAGAUGGCGCUGGUGCCUCCUCUGCCCACUCCUUGCUCAUAAUAUGGUGCCUUUUCCCUUUUCCAAAAUGGCGGCGGCGCCUCUGCCUGCUUCUCCUUGAAAGUCCCUCCCCUCUUGCCGCUUCUCAUAAUGGCGUCUUUGCUUCAGCUUCAAAAGUGUCACCAGUGCCCUUGUCAAACAUGGCGGAUGUGCCUUCGGCCCUUGAAAGACAGCUUCCGUCCUCACUUCCUUUGCCUUGUGCCAAAAGGGUGCCUUCCCUCUUCCAAGAUGGCGCCACCGACUUCUCCCACCCGCUAUUGCUGCUGCUGCUGCCCUCACAAGGAACCCUCCAACAUCAGGGACAGGAUUUCAAUAGGAGGAAAGGUUGGGGUUGCGGCGCUCAUCUUGCUUUACUGGCCGAGGUAGACGGCGUUUGUCCGCAGACAGUUUUUCUGGAUCAUUUAACCAUCUUAAAUGCUGUAACUAAAUUAGAUGAUCCUGGGGGGUUGGAGUGUGUGUGUGUGGCUGUAAUUGUGUUUUUAUUUUGUUUCUUAUGGGAUGGCAUUCAAUUUCAUAGAAUCCUAGAGUUGGAAGAGACCACAAGGGCCAUCCAGUCCAUUAAAGCAGAAUAAUCUGUGACUUUAUUGAAUUCAACUUUUUAGUUACUUUGCUAUUAAAGGGGAAACUGCUACUCAUCAAGAGAAAGAGUAAAUGAACUUCCAACUAAACUUUCAACUUGGACUGAAGCUGAACACGGAGGGAAAUGUAUUCUUUGGAGGUCUUUAAGCAGAGGCUUGACAGGCAUACUGUAUGUCAAGAAUACUUUGAUGGUGUUUCCUGCUUGGCAGGGGGUUGGACUGGAUGACCCUUGUGGUCUCUUCCAACUCUAGGAUUCUAUGAUUCUAUGAAUGACAGCAGCAUUAACUGGGUUAAAAAUUCUCUUACUGUUGCUCUCUUGGAAUAAGUGCAUUUCAUUCAGUCCUUGUUUUUGGAAGCCGAAUGUGCAUACUUUUAUUACUCUGAAUGAUUUUUUUGUGCUUUAACCUGUCCAAUUUAGAGGUGGCAGCAAUUCCUUCGCUUCCCCCAUCUAAUAUGUUUGUCGUGAAAGAUUGUACGCUCCUAAACUUGCGCUGCGCCAUCCUCCCAAACAGAAUAUCCACAGACCUUCUUUGGACUCAGGUGCAGAAUCAGCACAAGUGGGACAAUGCAAAGGUCUGUUGCCAAAAUCCAUAUUAGAAUCAUAGAAUCAUAGAGUUGAAAGAGAUCACAAGGGCCAUCCAGUCCAACCCCCUGCCAAGCAGGAAACACCAUCAAAGCAUUCUUGACAUAUAGCUGUCAAGCCUCUGCUUAAAGACCUCCAAAGAAGAAGGAGACUCCACCACACUCCUUGGCAGCAAAUUCCACUGCCGAACAGCUCUUACUGUCAGGAAGUUCUUCCUAAUGUUGAGGUGGAAUCUUCUUUCUUGUAGUUUGAAUCCAUUGCUCCAUGUCCGCUUCUCUGGAGCAGCAGAAAACAACCUUUCACCCUCCUCUAUAUGACAUCCUUUUAUAUAUUUGAACAUGGCUAUCAUAUCACCCUUUAACCUUCUCUUCUCCAGGCUAAACAUACCCAGCUCCCUAAGCCGUUCUUCAUAAGGCAUCGUUUCCAGGCCUUUGACCA